AUGUCCAGACAACGUUCACACAAACGCAGCCUUUCCACCUCUCCCUUCCGUGACUCUUCAACCUUACCACUUACCGAACCUUCGUCACACUCCAUUGCCUCUCCUUUAUCGAUCCUAUCAACCCUCAAAGCAACAGACAUUCCCAUUCCCGACGUUACUUUUAUCCGCCGUCUGCUCCACUCGUCCAGCCGAGCAAAAUCAAAACGCAUCGAUCCACCGCGUCCGCCAAAUGCUUUUUUUUUGUUCCGCAAUGCUUUGCAUUUCCACGUAUCUAACCACAAUCUCAGAGUACCUCAAGUGUCAGUCGCUGCGGGGAGGUUGUGGGAAGAGGCAGGAAUAGAGCUAAGGGAUGAGUACACCAAACUGCAAGAGAUAGCAAAGCAGAUCCAUUUGGAGAUGUAUCCAGGAUAUGUAUAUCGCCCAAGGAAGAAUGGCACAAGUGGAUGUGCUACUGACAAAACCGGUUGCAAUGAGCAUGCUAUUCGUAAAGACGAUAACAGUAAUAAUACAAGUUUGAGCGAUGACGGCCGUGUCAAUGUCACCAAUAAUAAUCUUGCUGAACGUGGGGAAUCUGCAAAGAGUUCAGAAAUAAAAUACAGUCCUAUCACGCUCAACAAUAACAUGGCUUUCCCUCCCCUUACAAACUUUGCUUACGAGAACUACAGGCCAACAACGACCGGCGAGGUUCCAGUUCUAAUUCAAACUCAAGCUUACGUUCCUCCUUAUUCGGGCUCCAUCCAUGGAAUGGUUUCAUAUCACACACAUUCGGGAGAAGUUCUAUCAUCAUCAAUUUAUAGCGGUAUUAACCGAAUGAAUGUCACUGCACAUGUGAAGACGCUGCGGAAAGAUAUUGUGAUGAGAGAAGAAGAUAUUAGCAUGAGCAAGGCAUUGUAUCAAAGAAAAGAGGCAAAUCAAGGCCAAAGUGGAGAAGAGUAUUGUUUGAUUAAUCAAGUAGAUCAAAUCGAUCAGAAGUAUAUAUACUAUGAAGUAGACCAAUGUAAUAAUAACAAGUUGUCACCCAGUCUAUCUCUUUCUUCCUUUGAUAACGUUCAUCCUUUGUGUUUUAGUAACAACAAGCCUAAACUACUCAUUCAAUCUAAUGGCAUCGAACAUAGCAACUCGAUAUGCUUGGAUGAUUAUGAUUUCAAUGAUGGUGAUGGGGCAAGUGAUAUGGCAAUAGUGAAGAGUGAAUAG